AUGAACCGCGGACCUCCAGAGGGGCAUCAUGCGCCGCCCGCGCAUGCUGUCUAUGAGCAUGCCUGGGCUCGUCCGCCAUACCCACCUUCCUUCGACAGCCAUCCCGGUCAUCCCGGUCAUCCCAGCCAUCCUAGCCAUCCUAGCCAUGCGCCAGACCGACGACCUUCCAGUACCCAGGCACCGAUGCCCGGCCAAGCAUACCACCCCGUUCCUUUAAACCGAGAGCUUCCCCAGCUUCCACUGGAUGGACCUUACGCACGCCCUAACGGCUUGUCUGGGCCUGCGCACCCUCCUUCACAUCCUCCUCCUCACCCACAAGAUCCGACCCCUCCUCCCCCUCCGCAUGCGGGUUAUCGACCUGCCAUGAAUGGCGCCCCGCACGAGUCGUCGCCGCAUUCUGCGCCCCCAGAGUAUCGCUCGCGCAUGAGCUUUCAAUCCGAGACCUCUGCGCCGGGCGAGGUGACCCCGACAUCUGGCCCACUACCCCCUUCAUCAUAUAUGCCACCCGGACCGCCAAUACCUCCCGGCACGCCAGGCCCGUAUGAUCCGAGCUAUUACUCAAAUCCGGCUUAUGGAGCUCGUCAGCGCAAGGCGGCUCGUGCACAGCAAGCUUGCGAUCAAUGUCGAGCGAGGAAAGCAAAGUGCGAUGAGGGACGGCCGGCAUGCAGUCAUUGCAAGGAGAACAGCUUGAUGUGUGUUUACAAGGAGAUUCCGCCUCAUAAACAGGAGAAGAGUGUGCAGCUGGUCCUGGAUCGACUUAUGGAAUUGGAGGAUAAAAUGAUGGAGAAAUUCGAAAUUUCUAACAAGAUGUGGAAGACAGAGGAGACCUACAAAAACCAGAUUUUACAAAGCCAGAUGCAUUCAGAACUGCGGUCGCAAGCACAAAUGCUCGCAGACAUUUGGGCGGCGGUCGGGGGCAAUGAUCCCUCGCGAUUGACAUCUUCUCAACCCAUUGCAGCUCUCCCGCCCCCUCCGAUUCCCGCGCCCGUUGGUGGCCCACCACAAGAAACGUUGAUGAAGGUUGAGUCUACAUUGAUCGAAGCCCUCGAAGAACCACAGGCUUCGACUUCCUUUUAUUCACAGACCACUAUCGAUGCCGGACAACCACCGAUUAUCAAUCAAAGUUUUGAGGACAGUGCAAAGAAUGACAAUGAAGGAGAAUUGUCGAUUCCCGUGGAGCAUACAACGGCGGCACACAAACUUCUCAUGUGGCCUUCCAUCAAGAGGUUGCUCAAUGCGGAAUAUGACGAGGAUUAUGUGAUGCGAUUGGAGGAGCAGCGGGGUCUGAUCAGUGUUUACGGCCAGGGUGAGAUCUCAUACACAGCCGACGACACGUUACUACCAACGCCACCUCUGCCGAACGACGACGGUGGCUAUAGCGAAAAGUCAUCAAACCCGGAUGGAACAUCGAAAAUUCUCAGCGCUACCUCGUCUAGAGAUGCCGAUGCGGAAAUCGACCGAUUCGGACUACUCAGGCUAGAUGGAAAGACGGCUCAUCGGUACUUCCAGAGCUACCUGAAUCGCAUGCAUAAAUUGCACCCGUUCCUGUGGCAAGAGGAGCUCGAGAUGAAGGUCGAUGCGUUCAUCCGGUGCUACUGUCCCCGGAGCUCGUCGUCGCCCUCGUCGGAGCCCAACUCGUUAUGCCGGGAUAAGAAGCGAAAACGGUCACACGAGGACGAGGAUCUUCCAGGGAUUCGAGGUACCUCCGCGGACCCCAGCUUGGCCUCAACCCGGCCCCGAGUGGGACGGAAUAUUGACAACGCUAUUGUCCUUCUCAUCUUUGCACUGGGUGCAAUUUGCGAGCACAAGUCUCCCCUGCCUGGCCCGAUCAUGGAACCGAAGGUUGAGGACUACCGAGAUCAAUACAUUCCUUCCCCUCUUGGACCCGUACCCUCUCGACCGCCACUCCAACCUAAUAUUAACGGUGCCGCACAUGCCGCGAAUGGUGUUCUCUCGCCUCCUAAUUCUGAAUCUAUCGUGCCUCAUAAUUCUGACUAUGCGCCGCACUUCCAACACACCCAGACCUACCCUUCCGAACCAGACCCUAAGCAAAACCUCUCUAGGCGAACCAUCUCCGCCACAACUGAUGAGUACGGCCAUGUCAAGAAUUUACAAGUCAUUCCCGGUCUUGCGCUGUAUGGCUAUGCUACGACAAUCCUCGGUCUGCUUCAAGGCGGUGUGGAAUUGCAGCAUGUUCAGGCUGGUCUGCUUGCCGGUCUAUAUGCUGGUCAACUAGCGCACCCCUUUCAAAGUCAUGGCUGGAUCUGCCAGGCAGCCCGUGCAUGCCAGGUGCUCGUUCGGCAAAAACGAUACGAGCGACUCCCAGAAGGCCGGACCCAGGACUUGUUCAACUUUGCCUACUGGACCUGUCUGCAGCUGGAGAGUGAUCUCCUCGCCGAGCUCGACAUCCCUGCAAGUGGUAUCUCACGCUCCGAGGGUCGUAUCAACCUACCCAAGGGCCGCUUUACCAUCGACAUCCCAGACGACCUUGAAGCGCGUAGCACACGUAUGAUGCUUUUCUACUCGGCCCAGAUCCAUCUCCGCAAAGUACUCAACCGUGUUCAUACCGAUCUCUACAAGGUUGACAAGCAAGGUGAAACUGGCCGGUGGUCUUCUAGCGUGCAAGAGACUCUAAGUAUGAACCUGGAGCUCUGGCGUUCUAGCCUCCCCGAGACCAUGAACUGGAGAGACGACGAUUUGCCCGCUUCCGACAUCAACGCCGCUCGCAUGCGUGCCAAGUACUAUGGUGCUCGUUAUAUUAUCCACCGACCCUUACUCUAUCACGCCCUCCACUACGGCCAGACUGGUGCCCGCAUUGGCGCCCUGCCCAAGUCCACCGCUGUGGAGUCGCCGACCGGAUCCGCCUCGAACUCACAGUCCCAACAUAUGUCACCGUCCAUGACUCUUCCCUCUGGUCGGAAUAGCAGCGCACAUAUGCAGCGCAUGCUGAGCGAUGUAGGCUCGGCAAAUAGUGGCCUCCCUUCCUCGUUCUCGAACGGUUGGACCCCACCGACGGUGAACUUCCGUGAACUGCAGACCAAGCUGCGCCGCGCGUGCAAGGUCUGCGUUGAUUCUGCCAUCUUGAGUACCGAGGCAUUCGAUGGUGUCGAGGACCGACUCAUCGUGACAAACAUCUUCGGUACAGCCCAUGCUCAAUUCGGUAACAUGCUCGUCCUCUCUGCAACAUAUAACUCCAGUCUCUCCGAGCUCGUCGAGCGCUCCACCCUUGACCGCCUCCUUAAGCGCACCAUUCGCUUCCUCCUGCGCAGCCAGAACAUUUCGCCCACCCUGCGUGCUGAUGCUCGCAUCCUAACUGAAAUUUAUACCAAGAUCUUCCAUCGUGCACCUGACCUCACUGAGCCUUCGAAGUAG